AUGAGUGCACAGAACGAUGUUUCCCGAGGCCUUCAAUGCGCUAUCGAUGCCAUCGAUGCAGCCAACAACGACUUGCGCGGUCUGAACAAAAGUAUUCAUGAGCAUCCGGAGACAGCUUAUCAAGAGUUCUUUGCUGUGGACACAAUUUCUUCUUUCCUUCAAGACAAGGGUUUCAAGGUCAACAAGGGUACUUACGACCUAGAAACCUCCUUCACAGCGGAAGUCGGCUCCGGCGAUCCCCUGGUCAUCAUCUGUGUCGAAUAUGAUGCGCUUCCCAACAUCGGUCAUGCUUGUGGCCAUAAUUUGAUCAUGACAUCCUCGAUCGCUGCAUUCCUCGGGGCCGUGAAAGCCUUGCAGACCUGCGGUUUUCCUGGACGGAUACGCCUCCUGGGCACCCCUGCUGAGGAAGGAGGUGGAGGUAAAGCGAAGCUGAUAGAGGCCGGAGCCUUCAAAGAGGGCGUUGCGGCUGCUAUCAUGGCCCAUCCUUUUGCAGGUCAUCAGUUCAAGUCUGAAUAUACUGGCCUUGCAGGGUUGAAAUUGAUUGCGUCGCACAAAUUCCGCGUCGAAUUUCGAGGUAAGGCUGCACAUGCCGCUGGAGAACCUUGGAACGGCCUGAAUGCCUUGGACGCGGCCGUCGCUGCCUAUAAUGGCGUGUCCAUGCUACGUCAACAGAUGAAACCCGACGAACGAGUUCACGGAGUCAUUGAAGACGGCGGUACCGUGCCCAAUGUGAUAACGGCGUAUACGAGGAUGAACUGGUACGUUCGAGGUCCUACAGUGAAACGCGCAGAUGUUCUCCUGGAGAGGGUACAGAAUUGCUGCAAAGCAGCUGCUCUUGCCGCUGGAUGUGAGGUCAAUUUCCUACCCUCUCCAACCUACAAAGACCUAAGGGUGAACUUGCCGUUGUGCCAACAGUAUGCAGAUGACAUGGAUCGUCUUGGUGAGAAAAUCCUUGUCAAGUAUGAUGAAUCAUACACAGCCUCGACUGAUAUGGGAAACGUCUCAUACGAAGUCCCAAGUUUCCAUGGAGCCUUUCCGAUACCUACUAAACCGGGUGUUUCCCAACAUCAUCCCCAAUUUGCGGCACAUGCUGGAACGGAUGAAGCCCACAAAGCCGCUAUUAAAUGUGGAAAGGGUCUGGCAAUGCUAGCCAUCCGUGUUUUGACAGACCCAAAAUUGGUGCAAGAAGCAAGAAAAGAUUUUGAGCUGAUGCCCCAAGAGUAA